CUGAGUUGCUAGGAUUACAGGCAUGAGCCACUGAAGCCAGGCAAUACUAAGAUAGUGUAACAACUGAAGGUAGCAACUGGAUCCCAGCUUUGGUGAUGAGCUUGUUUGUGAAGCUGCCAUUACAAAACUACAGGUCCCAUAAUGCCUUUCACAAACACACGCCUAAGAAAUACUCUGUGUGACAGAAGCUUGUUACCUAUAGGUUUCUUGGAUAAGUUAAAUAAAGUAUAACAAAUAGCCCCACCCUCAAGCAAGCUUCAAGACUGGAGGUGGAGCCGGAAUUUACCUUUGUACUUCUGGCAACUCAGGCUUGGUGUGGUGACUGGCAGGGAGGGUUCAGAACUGACUGCCAUCCAGACUGCUCAGAGCUCCAAUCAGGUUUGAAUCCAGAAUCCUUUUGGCCCUUUUAUCCACCUCUUUCUGUUAUUUUUUAUUUUCCUCUAGAUCUUCCCUUAGACUGCUGCUUCAUGAUUCCUCCUUUUUCUGGAUCCCUAUAGUAGACAUAAGGCUUUUACCACCCAACUACAAACAGGGCAAAAGUCCACUUCUAAAGGUUCCUUUGAAAUACCCAGCACUAUUUCCUGACAAGCAAGAAAUGGAUAGCCCCAGGGUAUUAGCACCUAAGGGUAGCGGUUAAGGAUAGAGCCAGAUGAGAUAGAAUCGGUUGAGAGAUGUGAAGCCUUACUUUUACUGCCCUGCCUUCUAUAGGUCUUAAGCCAUCAUGAGCUCUCUGCCUCUGAGGCUUACAGAAGAAUUUACUCCAAGUCCUGGAGAGUCUGAACUGGCUGUGAACCCCUUUGAUGGUCUCCCCUUCUCUUCCCGCUACUAUGAGAUCCUUGAGCAGCGCAGAGCCUUGCCCAUUUGGGCUGCUCGCUUCAUCUUCUUGGAGCAUUUGGAGAGUAGCCCCAAUGGAGUGGUGCUGGUAUCUGGAGAGCCUGGCUCUGGCAAGAGCACUCAGAUUCCCCAGUGGUGUGCAGAGUUUGCUCUGGCCAGAGGAUUCCAGAAGGGUCAAGUUACUGUUACUCAACCUUACCCACUGGCAGCCCUGAGCCUGGCUUUUCGGGUUGCUGAUGAGAUGGACCUGACCCUGGGUCAUGAGGUUGGAUAUAGCAUCCCUCAGGAGGACUGCACAGGGCCCAACACCAUGCUCAGGUUCUGCUGGGACAGACUGCUUCUGCAGGAGGUGGCUUCCACCCGGGGCACUGGAGACUGGGGUGUGCUAGUGCUGGAUGAAGCCCAGGAACGAUCAGUGGCCUCAGAUUUACUCCAGGGGCUGCUGCGAGAUGCCAAACUGGGAAACCUUCCAGGAGAUCCUAGACUGGUUGUGCUUACGGACCCAGCCCUUGAACCUAAGCUCCAAGACUUCUGGGGCAAUCCACCCAUUGUGCAUGUACCCAGAAAGCCUGGUGUGAGUCCUGUCAUCCCUGUCUACAGGGACGCUGUCCCUAUUGAUCGAGUGGAAGCUGCAUGCCAAGCUGUGCUUGAGUUGUGUCAGAAGGGGGCUCCAGGAGAUGUGCUAGUGUACCUGCCCAGUGAGGAGGAAAUUUCCCUGUGCUGUGAAUCCCUGUCCAAGGAGGUGGGGACCCUCACUCUCCCAGGGCCUCCACCACGAGUGCUACCCCUUCACCCAGGCUGUGAUCAAGCUGUUCAGGCUGUGUAUGAAGACAUAGACAUGGGUGCCCAGAAGGUCGUGGUCACUCACUGGCUGGCAGACUUCUCUUUCUCCCUCCCUUCCAUUGGACACGUCAUUGAUUCAGGACUGGAGCUUCGCAGUGUUUAUAAUCCUCGAAUCCGAGCUGAAUCUCAAGUCUUAAGACCAAUUAGCAAGUGCCAGGCAGAGGCACGAAGACUGCGGGCAAGAAGGUUCCCACCAGGAUCUUGCCUCUGCCUAUAUCCUAAGUCCAUCUUAGAACUAGAGGCUCCCCCCCUGCCCCACCCCAGAGUUUGUGAAGAGAAUCUGAGCCCUCUGGUGUUACUACUAAAGAGAAGACAGAUUGCAGAGCCAGGGCAGUGUCACUUCCUGGACCGGCCUGCUCCAGAAGCAUUGAUGCAGGCCCUGGAAGACUUAGACUAUCUGGCAGCCCUAGAUGAUGAUGGAAAUCUGUCAGACCUGGGAAUCAUCCUAUCCGAGUUCCCCCUACCCCCUGAGCUGUCCAAAGCUCUGCUGGCCUCAUGCGAGUUUGAUUGCGUGGAUGAGAUGCUCACCCUUGCCGCCAUGCUCACUGCUGCCUCUGGGUUUACUCAUCCUCCACUCUGUGCAGAAGAAGCUGCCCUGCGUAGGGCCCUGGAACAUGCUGAUGGUGACCACAGUUCUCUGAUUCAGGUUUACGAAGCUUUCAUACAAAGUGGAGCAGAUGAGGCUUGGUGCCAGGCUCGGGGUCUAAACUGGGCAUCAUUGUGCCAUGCCCGUAAACUUCGAGGAGAGCUCUUAGAACUCAUGCAACGAAUUGAACUUCCAUUGUCACAACCAGCCUUUGGGUCUGAGCAGAAUCGCAGAAACCUCCAAAAAGCACUGCUGUCAGGAUACUUCCUCAAGGUGGCCCGAGACACAGAUGGAACUGGAAAUUACCUGCUCCUAACCCACAAGCAUGUGGCCCAGCUCUCUUCAUACUGCUGCUACCGAAACCGCCGGGCUCCAGCCAGACCACCACCAUGGGUGCUGUACCACAGUUUCUCCAUAUCCAAAGACAACUGCCUUUCCAUUGUUUCUGAGAUUCAACCUCAGAUGCUGGUGGAGUUGGCCCCUCCAUACUUCCUGAGCAACUUGCCUCCCAGUGAGAGCAGAGACCUACUAAACCAGUUAAGGGAAGGAAUGGAUGCAUCAGCAGCAGAGAGUGAAUCAUCCUCCCCACAAGAGUACAGAGAUGCUUGUGUCUUGCAGUGAUCACCUGCCUAAAGAAUGGAACUGAAGUUGGAGAUGUGCUCAGUGGUAGAGUGCCAAUCUAACAAGCUUGAGGGCCUGAAUGUAAAUCUGAGUACUGAAGAAAACAAAAACAGAUUUCAGCUCUUCUAGUGGCAUUAAGCAGCCCAGCAGUUUUAGAAGCACAAAAUUUAAGGUCAAAUGUAAAUUCCAGAUCCUCAAUCCCAAGAUAUGGUGAACUAGGAGAGGAGAAAAUGGGGUAAACAAGUAUCUAGGAAAGAAUCGUUUCCUUAGUUUUCCUCUUUGGCAUAGGAAUAAAAUGUUCCACUUUGCCAUUUUAUGCUAAA